UGAUCUGUAGCCCUCAGCGUUUCAUAUGUUUAUUUUUUUAUAUACUUGUAUUUAUUUUGAUUUUAAAACUAACAAAUCUUAAUAAAACAAUUUCUCCUUAAAUUAUUUGGAGAAAUCUACUUGUUCGUUAAAAUGGCAACCGACGAAAAUUUUGAAACGUUUGAAGAAGACGAUGCUGCUGAUACAUCGGUAGCAUUAAGUACAGCAGGCAGAAAGAGGCUUUUUAGUAAAGAAUUGAGGUGCAUGAUGUAUGGCUUUGGAGAUGAUCAAAACCCUUACACAGAAAGCGUAGACAUUAUAGAAGAUUUAGUUAUUGAAUUCAUUACUGAAAUGACACAGAAAGCCAUGGAAAUAGGUCGAACUGGAAGAGUACAAGUGGAAGAUAUAGUAUUUCUAGUACGCAAAGAUCCAAGGAAGUAUGCAAGAGUUAAAGAUCUAUUAACUAUGAAUGAAGAACUUAAAAGAGCUAGAAAGGCUUUUGAUGAAAUUAAGUUUGUAGGUAAUGUCAAAUGAUCAGACUGCAGAAAUUUAAUUAGAAUUAUAUUUUGAUUAAUGUGCACGAGUAGCAUUUAUGUUUAAUAAUGUAGAUUACUAUAGAUUUAGUUCCUUUUAUAUUUAGUAUGUACAAUUGAUGCAUGGUAGGUAUUUAGAAUUUUUUAUAUUUAUAUUAGUAUUCAAAUAGAUUUGUAAGAUGUAUUGUUUUAUAUAAUAAAAACUUAAUUUUUAUUUUAUUUUGGCAUGAGAAUGCUUUUUUUUUGCUAGACUAUAAAUAUUUAUACCAAUCUUCAUAAAAGUUUUUUUUCAGGCAAGGAGGCAUUAAUUAAUUAAUGAUAUUUGGUGUAUUAGAUAACUACUUGUAUAAAUAUAUUUAUAAAUAAAUGUGUAUUAUUUU